UGGAGGGAAGUAAAGUGGAGUGAAGUGGAGGGGAGUGAAGUGGAGUGGAGUGAAGUAAAGUGGAGUGAAGUGGAGGGAAGUGAAGUGGAGUGGAGGGAAGUGAAGUGGAGUGAAGUGCAGGGAAGUGAAGUGAAGUGCAGGGAAGUGGAGUGGAGGGAAGUGAAGUGGAGUGGAGUGAAGUGGAGGGAAGUGGAGUGGAGUGAAGUGGAGGGAAGUGGAGUGAAGUGGAGCUUCCAUAAGACGGUGGAAAGAUUCUACUCUGAGCAGGACGGAGUGACGGGGACCACGGAGACCUUCAUCUGCCGCGUCACCAACAUCGUCAACUGCUGCCCCCCAUUCCGGGAGUUUGCCACUCGGAUGAGCCAUCUGGAUAAGACGCAGGGGGCGGAGCUUCUACGGCAAGUUGAGGGAACUCUGGAGCGUAUCGUUAGACUUGGCACUCGGGGCAUCUGUGACUUAGUACUUCUCGAUCUGAAGCUCCUGGGCCGCCGCUGGCUGGGUUCCUCGGAGGCCUGUGAUGGGAUUGUGUCCGGCCUGACGGAAUGCGCGCUCACUCUUCGUAGGCUGAGCCCGGGGCCCUACCAGGCCACUGUGUCCGAGCUCCACCGCCGCGUCCUCCUGGAGUAUGUGCGGCCUCUAAUCCAGGGCAAGAUGUCCUGCACGGCCUCCAGGACCAGGAAGAGGACGGCCACCAAACUGCGGGAGGAGAACCGCCAACUGACUCAGAUCUUCAGCAAGCUGGUGAUAUCCCCUCCCCCCUCAUCUCCACCCAACAUUCUCAGGUCCUCCAGCCCCUGCUCCUUGUCUCAUUGCUUAGUGGGCGGGGUCAGUUCCGUCUCCCGGGAACGCCUUCACCCUCCUCUCCUAUCUUUCAGGAAACGUCAUCUGUCCUCCCUCCUGGAUGUCCGGGGCUUGUGGGACCCCAGUGAGCGGCAGCAGAUUCUGGGGGUCCUCCAUGACUUGGAAGGGGCAGACGCGGGUCCUCCAUGCCGAGGAGGGGCGGGCUUCUUCUCCGACGUCUCCAUUACACACGACACGCAUUGCAUCCAUGUCACCCUCUCCCGGGCCUCGCGGAUCGGACGCAGAACUUUAACUCUCCUCAGCAGACGCAGGAGGAUGACAUCAAACCAUGUGGGAGGAGGAGGAGCCGGAGGACUGUCUCCGGGGGAAGAGGACACUCAGCUUUAG